CAGCGGCCGGGCGCACGCCGCGGUCGCAAGCUGCUGACGUGGGCCGGCCGGGAAGUGGACCGGGGGUGUGGGUCGCUAUGGCGGUGGAUAUCACGCUGCUGUUCCGGGCCAGCGUCAAGACCGUGAAGACGCGCAACAAAGCACUGGGAGUGGCAGUGGGCGGCGGGGUCGAUGGCAGCCGCGACGAGCUGUUUCGCCGGAGCCCCCGGCCCAAGGGCGACUUCUCCAGCCGGGCGCGGGAAGUGAUUUCACACAUUGGCAAACUGAGAGAUUUUCUUUUGGAACACAGGAAAGAUUAUAUUAAUGCUUAUAGCCAUGUCAUGUCUGAAUAUGGAAGGAUGACAGACACAGAGCGAGACCAGAUAGACCAGGACGCGCAGACGUUCAUGAGGACCUGCUCUGAAGCAAUUCAGCAGCUGAGAACUCAAGCGCACAAGGAGAUGCCCUCCCAGCAAGUGAAGGAGCACAGGAGCGUGGUUCUGGAUUUCAUCGAAGAUUACUUAAAAAGAGUAUGUAAACUUUACUCAGAACAGAGAGCCAUCCGAGUUAAACGAGUGGUGGAUAAGAAAAGACUAUCUAAGCUGGAACCAGAACCAAAUACAAAGACGAGAGAAUCCAUGUCUUCUGAGAAAGUUUCACAGAAUCCUUCACAAGACUCUGAAGAAAAACCUGUCACUGAAGAACAUCCAGAGAAGGUUCCAGCUGAAUCGCAACCUGAACUGGGCACCUGGGGAGAUGGCAAAGGUGACGAUGAAUUAUCUCCAGAAGAAAUACAAAUGUUUGAACAAGAAAACCAGCGCCUAAUCGGUGAAAUGAACAGCCUGUUUGAUGAAGUGAGGCAAAUCGAAGGGAGAGUGGUUGAAAUUUCCAGACUCCAAGAGAUAUUCACAGAGAAGGUUUUACAACAGGAAGCCGAGAUCGACAGCAUUCACCAGUUAGUUGUCGGAGCAACCGAGAAUAUCAAGGAGGGUAAUGAAGACAUCAGAGAGGCCAUUAAAAACAACGCCGGCUUCCGCGUGUGGGUCCUCUUCUUCCUGGUGAUGUGCUCCUUCUCCCUGCUCUUCCUGGACUGGUACGACGGCUAGCCUGUCCUCGCUGCUCCUGGCAGACGGCGCGCC